AUGGUUCGGUUGGGCGGUGCCUGUGGCUCAAGGAGUAGGGCGCCGGUCCCUAUAUGCCAGAGGUGGCGGGUUCAAACCCAGCCCCGGCCAAAAAAAAAUAAUGGUUCAGCCAUUUAGUUCUCCUGAUCCAUAUUAGAGUCUUUCUCUUGCAGUUGUGAAAAUAACAGGCACCACAGAAUACCUAGAAAACUUACAAAAACAUUAAAUAGUGCAAUUCCAAGUAUCUGGUAUUUAUUCUCCCCCCCCUUUUGUACCGUCCUGCUAGAUUAUGAAUCCAUUGAGAACAGAGAUGGUACAGCCAUUCCAAUAAUGAUAGCAGGGUGGUAAUGACUGUGUAAAUAGCCGUUACCACAAAAAGUUAUCUUUUGGAUGCUCCUUAAAUCGUUGAAUCUUUGUUUCAUUUGUUGCACAAAUAAAAAUAAUAAUAAUGAGGAUAACCAAUGUUUAAUCUUUUGGAAUAUGUCCUUCUACUCUUUUAUAGACAUAUAAAUUAGGUAAUAUGUAUAUUGUAUAUGUCAUACUACAUAUAUAGUAUGCUAUGUAUAAUAUUUGUGAUGGUAGUGAUAGUGAUGUGUUGUAACCUGGAGAGAGCAUAGGAAAUGAUAGUGAAAAAGUAUUUAUUCAUAUAUGAGAGCUGUCCAGAAAGUAUCCAGCCAUGUAAUAGGAAAAUUAGAGACAUACGUGGCUGAAUACUUUCCAGAUAGCCUGUUACAUAAAACAUUAAUUGAACUUUGUACAAGAAGUGUCUAGUUUUUCCUAAUUGAUAGUACCUUGGAGUGAGUGGGACAGAAGUCAUGUCUUACAUUAGUUCUCCUUCACCAGAAGUACAAGAUACUCUGUGUACAUAGUAAGUACUCGGAAAAUGUUUGCAAACUUCAUUGUAAGUUGAUUUGUGCAUCAGUGGGUGGGUGGUUGUAUCUGGAUAUUUUUUCUCUGUGUUUUGGGAAUGUAUAAUGUAUGUAUAUCAUGCACCCAUAUAGUCUAGGCUUUAUGGUUUGUCUUAAUCUGCCUUCCUGGCCUGACCUCAGGCCUCCCCUAUCAUUUUUCUCUCUACUGUUUUAACUGUUGUUAACUGUCCAUAUUCCCUGCUGUCACUCAUCAGUCCUUUGAACAUUCCCCCUGUAUUGUUUCCAUAUCCUUAAGUUUUCUCAUGGGCAUCUUUAUCUGUCAACAUUCUAAGUACUUUUUAAAGCAGAUGUUGCAGACUCAAGUGGCUGCAGGGGUUAAUUAGUUAACAUAAAUGAGUGAAAUGGAUUUGGGUGGAGAUUAUAGGGAACCGGAGCACUGCCCUUUCUAACCUGUAACUAACCAACUCAAAUGUGGGUCCAGCAUUACCAGAUCUUUCAAUUUUACAAGAGAGAGUGUUGGAAAGUUUUAUAUGAAGUCUGAUUUUUAAAUGUUAGUAACUAAUUUCUACAAAAGCUUAAACACUGUGAGGACAACAGAAAAACAUGUAGAUGGGAUUUGGCCCCCACAUUCCCAAUUUGUGGACCCUGCUCUGCCCUUAUUUAAGGUGCCUUGUUUGUAAGUUAUGUUCUUUCAUGAUUCUGAAGGACUUCUUCCUUUUUGUUCUUUUAGUAUUUUGAAUAUACUUCAAUUAUAGUGCUGCGGAUGGCGCCUGUGGCUCAAAGCGGCGAUGUUCUAAUCAUGUCAGAUAAAGAUGACACAGAGACUCCAGUGCUAACUGAAGCUGUCCCCAUCCUUGAAGACAGAAACUGUGAGCCAGCCAAGAAUUCUGAGUGUGUUGACCAAAAUGCCAAGUCAGGGAGUAAAUCAGAACCUGUAGGUUGCACUCGGAAAAGACCAGAGGCCAAACCUUCCAGUGACCUUGAGACUUCAAAAGUUCUCCCUGUUCAGGAGACUAUAUCCAAAGAUGUACCCCAGACUGGAUGGGGCUAUUGGGGCAGCUGGGGCAAGUCCUUACUCUCCUCAGCCUCAGCUACAGUAGCCACAGUAGGGCAAGGUAUUUCAACCGUCAUUGAGAAGGCAGAGACUUCCCUUGGAAUCCCUAGCCCCAGUGAAAUUUCAACUGAAAAGUAUGUCCCAGGAGAGACAGAUGCCAAAGAGAAUGAAAACUCUUCUCCAGGGGCUGGGCCAUUUGGUGUAUUCUCAACCAUCUCUACUGCAGUUCAGAGCACAGGAAAGAGUGUUAUCAGUGGGGGUUUGGAUGCCCUGGAGUUCAUUGGGAAAAAGACAAUGGAUGUAAUAGCAGAAGGAGAUCCUGGAUUUAAAAGAACCAAGGGUCUGAUGAACCGAAAUUCUACACUGUCUCAGGUUUUACGAGAAGCGAAGGAGAAAGAAGCGUUAAGGACCGCCAGUGAGGUUACCAUGGAAACAGACAAGAAAACUCACUAUGGACUACUCUUUGAUGAAUUUCAAGGCCUUUCACAUCUAGAAGCUCUGGAGAUGCUUUCCCGAGAAAGUGAAAUAAAGGUGAAAUCUAUCCUUAAUUCUCUGAGUGGAAAAGAAUUAGAGACUCUAAAAUUUGAAUUACAGCAACUCAAAGAAACAUUUUCCCUAGCAGAGUUUUGUGAUGAAGAGGAAGAAGAGAAAAAAGGGGAUGAAGAUUUCACCAAAGAGAUAACAGAGUUGUUUUCCCAGCUACAUGUCUCCUCCAAACCAGAGAAACUUGCCAAGGCAAGAAAUAGUGCCCACGAAUGGAUCAGAAAAUCUCUGACUAAGCCAUUAGCGGAGAAAGAAGGAGAAGAAAAACAGUCGGAAGCAGAAAAUAAUGAGCAAGUCAAUAAAAAUUCAAUAGAGGAUAUCCAUGCAUUUGCAAUCCGGAGCCUAGCAGAACUGACUGCCUGCUCAAUUGAAUUGUUCCACAAAACAGCAGCAUUGUUUCUACAUGGCAGGAAGCAGGAAGUGAUGGCCAUAGAAAGGAGCCGAACUCUUUCUCAGAUGACGGUUGUAUUGUGUAAAGAGUUAUCCUCUCUGUCUAAAGAGUUCACCACCUGCCUCACAACAGCUGGGGUCAAAGAAAAGGCAGAUAUCCUUAACCCAUUAAUCACUGCAGUAUUUCUAGAGGCAUCAAAUAGUGCCUCCUACAUCCAGGAUGCCUUUCAGUUACUCUUACCUGUACUACAGAUCUCUCUCAUUGAGAACAAGAUAGAAUCAUCUAGACACGAGCAGCAGAGCCAAAGGCCUUUGUCAGAAGAGUGAAGAACAGAGAGGAUUCCACUUGAGACUUUUGAUAGUCAAGAAGUGCUGCUUUCUUCUGGGUACCUACAGAAAUAAAGGAGUAGAGUCAUUUCAGUAUAUAAAAGUUCAGGCAGGAGAGUGGGUUUAAAGAGGAGGUUUGUUGCCUUUACCACUUGGGUGAAGUAUUCAGAUCCUCUCAUUAUUCUUCUCAGUUGUUUUAAUUAAUAAAUUAUUGGAAAAGAAACUUUUGUACAAAGUCCAAUAAUAGCUCUAGAUAAAGAUUAGUGGGACACUCAGGCAAAAAUGUUGGUCUUUCCUUAAACUGUUAGAAACCACUAACAGUUUAGUCAUGGAUAUAAUAGCCCGUGGAUGUCAUUGGGUAUUAAGCGAGAGAAACAAUUUAUUAUUCCAGAAUUCAUGACAUGCUUGGUCUAUUAAUGUCAUACACUUUCUUCUUUCGAGAAUAAAAUUUAUGGCUAUAAGAAAACUG